GGUGCGUGAUAAUGCAGACCUUCGCUGUGAGCUGCCAAAGUUGGAGAAGAGGCUUCGGGCUACAGCUGACCGGGUUAAAGCCCUGGAGGGUGCACUGAGAGAGGCCAAGGAGGGGGCGAUGAAAGACCGCCAACGCUACCAGCUGGAGGUCGACCGGAUCAAGGAGGUGGUCCGCACGAAAAACACCCCGCGGCGUUCACACACCGCCCAGAUCGCCAAGCCAGUGCGCCCAGGAUACCAUGCAGCCUGCUCUCCGGUCAGCACCCAUGGGCUCUAUCACCCAAGUACAUGCACCUACAGCAACACACUGUUUCAGAGCUGCCAGCCCAUGUACGUACCAGGACUGGGGGACCACACCACAGACAAAUACACUCUGAGUGGCAGCUGUCCGAGCGGGUCAGUGUUGUCCGGAGACAGUUUCCGUGUGUGCCCUCGACAUGUGCCUGACAACGGAGUGAGUCUCUCUGUGCCUGUGAGGCUGAAGAACAGUCCAAGGUCUACGUCUUCCAGCAGGAAACAGCAGCAAGUUAAUGAGGACGCAGCGGGCCCCGGUUACGACAAGGACGCCCUGAGACAGCAGCUGACCCUCCUCUUCGAACCUCUGACCGAAUUCUCCAGCCCUCCCUGCCUGCUGCUGUUUUGAGAAUGACCGUCGCCCCCACCCCCCGUGG